CCAACAGUGUUAAUGUCUAACUUUGACCAAUCCGGGAUAUUGAGCGACCAUCUUCCAUGGUGUUCGGUGGAUAACUGCCACAGUUCAUAAUCUCAAUAAAAACUGCACAAUCUCCAUAACGCAAUACUGAUAUUUCUAUUAUUUAUACACUACGAAUUCCUAGUGGAUUUAAAGCAAUGAAAGAUUUAAUCUGACUGAAACGGAAUGUAGAUUGCAUUACUUGUAUUGUGAAAUAUGAAGAAAUGAAUCCUAAUUCAAUAUUCAAACAGCAAAGUGAAACAAACUAGAGAUAAAUCGAACACAGUAGAUAUUAACAAAGUGUUAGUUAAUUUAUCUGAUAGAAUUCUCAACUCCCAUGAAAUUUCAUUACUUAAAAAGGGUCUCAAUUUCAAUAUAAAUAGACCACAUUUAUCGUCUUUCAAUAUUAUACCAGCAAUCGAACCAACAUUGAACAUACUUCCUAAUGAAACAGCGAAUGAAUUGAGGAAUAAGAUAAUGUCCGUGUUAUUACGUCAAAAAUCACAAAAAUCUAAUAUGACUAAAAAUGAGUUGCAUGCAUUAAAGCAACUAAGAAAUGAUAAGACAAUUAUCAUUACAAAAGCAGAUAAAGGUAACACUACAGUCAUCAUGAACAAAUUGGACUACGAGAAAAAAGCAAAGGAACAUCUACAAGAGGGACCAUAUGAACUAAUCAAAGUUGAAAAAAGCAGAACUACGCUCAAUAAACUUAAGGCGGAAACAAGUAAAAUCUUACAUUCGUUAAAGGUCAAGCUCGGAACGCCUUUAUGGUUUAUGCUAAAUCCAAAAAGUUGUAACCCUUGUCGAUUCUAUGGACUCCCGAAGAUUCACAAGGAUAGUACUCCACUAAGACCAGUGGUCGAUUUUACAAAUUCACCGACUUACAACCUAGCGAAAUACUUAGCUAGAAUACUAAAACCGUAUGAGAAAUUGAUUAAUCAUGGAAUUAAAAACUCUAUGGAAUUAAAAAUAUUAUUGAUACCAUCGACAUAGAAGAAGAAGAAGUAAUGGCAAGUUUUGAUGUUUCUUCCUUAUUUACUAACGUACCUAUCAACAGAGCGUUGGAUAUUAUUUAUGCUUGUUUAGAAUCUGAUUUGGAUUUACAUUUACGUUGCCCGUUAGAUCCAUCUGAGUUUAUCAAGUGUUUGGAACUAUGUUUAAGGUCCACCUUAUUCAUAUUUCGAGGAGAUCUAUACAGACAAAAAGAAGGUAUAGCUAUGGGUUCACCAGUUUCUCCGAUUGUUGCGAAUUUAUUCAUGCAUUCACUCGAAACUAGUGCAAUCGCAAGAAGUGUUUGUCCACCAAAGGUCUGGCUACGGUAUGUAGAUGACAUUUUUGUUAUCAUUAAACAGGACUAUUUGGAAGAAUUGUUUACAAAUGUGAACAACAUUUCGGAACAAAUUAAUCUAACGAAGGAAAUAGAGUCUGAUGACCACAAACUGGCAUUUCUCGACUGUAUGGUUGAACGAAGACUUAAUAAUAGGAAGUUGAAAAUAAAUGUUUUCAAAAAAUCAACACAUUCAGAUAGAUACUUAGAUUUUGAUUCGGCGCAUGCUUUAUGUACGAAAGUCACAGUUGUUAAAAAUUUAAUUAACAGAAGCCUGAAGCUUGUUACAGAUGAAGAAGACCAACAAUUUGAAUUGAAUAGGAUUUUAGCUACACUUAGGGAUAACAACUACCCAAAAGAGUUUUUAAAGAAGAUUGUUAGAAAGGAAAGAAAAGCUAAACUGCAACAUGUACAGAAAGAUUGGAAGUCCACUGUAGUCAUACCAUACCGUAGCGAAACAUCGGAGGAAAUCAAACGGAUUUUAAACAAACAUGAUAUAAGAGUGUAUUUUAGAACAUGUGACACUAUAAGAUCGUCAUUGGUGAAGGUUAAGGAUAGGUUACCAAAGGAAGAACAACAAAAUAUUGUCUAUGAGAUCAAUUGUCAUGAUUGUAAUUCGGCUUAUAUUGGAGAAACAUCCAAACAAUUGAAGGUAAGGUUGAAGGAACACAAACAGUGUUUAAAAAACGUUCCCAGAACCUCGGUUGACUUAAAGAAACUUGAGAAUAAGUCUGCAAUAGCGUUACAUGCGUUGGAAACGGGACACAUGAUUAAUUUUGAAGGGGCCAAAAUACUUCAGAAAGGUUUCAACACUCACAAAGAAAGAUUGACAGCAGAAGCGCUGUAUAUAUGGGCGAAUAAGAACAGCCUAAACAGAAAGGAUGGUAUUCAGCUAGCUACCACUUGGCAAAUAUUCAUCAACAAGUAAUUUGACCUUUUUCUUUUAUUCAACCUGUUUACUUCACAUGAAUCGUUAUUAUGACUUAAAUCAAUAUGAGUUAUGUUUAACAUUACAAUUUAUGUACUUGAUGAUUCUCAUUUUAUUUGCAACUUCGAUGAUUCAGAAAGGAGAAAAACUUUUCAACCUUCAUUAUGCACGUUUAUUCCUAUUUUACUUCACAUAGAAACAUAUCAACACUGAAUAUCAUUCAUCAUUAAUAACUCAUCUUACACAUACAUACAUACACACAAUUUAUGCAGUCUCCUUUAAUUCACAUCGUUGAACUUUUCACUUGAUUCUCAUUCAACUGACUCAUAUUAUCCUGUUGUACAAAAACUUCGACAUCCAAAUAUGAUUGGAUUAAAAAGUAGUAGAGAUUUUGAUAUGAUUGUAAAAACACUAUAUAUUUCUUUGAUGAUUUUGAUUUUGAUUAUUUCCCUGAAGAAGUCCAGACAAGUUAGCUGGACGAAACGUUGGAAUUAUUUAAAUUUCAAUCGCUGAGAUUAUUUCAAAUAUAAAAAUUUUUUCACAUAUAAUGAAUUCUCUAUACUCGGCGCCCAAUUAUUGUCAAACUAUUCGUUCUAAUCUUGACGAAUAUUCGUAUAAAU